AUGUUGUCUAUCAUUUCGUUCAUAAAUUUCUGUAGAGUAAAAGAGUGGCGAAUUGACGUCGACGGUUGCUUUCCAGAGUUCUUCAAACAGCAAGGAUUGUUAGACCAAACGAUUCUUCCAAAUUACCCGUUCCGUGACGAUGCCUUACUUUACUAUUACGCCAUCAAAGACUACGUGGAAAGCUAUGUGAAGCUGUACUACGAAACCCCAGAGAAAUUAACCGGAGAUUGGGAAAUCCAGAAUUGGGCUGAAGAAUUGGCAAGGAGCAAAGAGGAAGGUGGCAUCGGAAUUUUGGGAAUUCCAAUGAAAGACGGCAAAGGCUGCAUAGAAACGGUCAAGGACCUCGUUCUAAUCUUGACAUCCAUAAUAUUCACGUGUAGUGUAGGCCACGCCUCGUCGAACUUCCCCCAAUACGAUGAGUACGGUUUUCCCGCCAAUUAUCCGGCCUUUUUGAAGGGGCCGGUCCCUACAGACAAGAGUCCCUGUACAGAAGAAGACAUAUUGAAGUUGUUACCUGACAAAAGAACAACUUUGGACAUCAUGACUGUUACCAAAAUUCUCAGCUCGAAAGGAACCAAUUCUUUGGGAGACUUCGAAAUACAGUAUAUAUUUGAUCCGAAAGCUAUACCGAUAGUGAACAAGUUUCGGAGCGACUUAAAACAGAUCGGAGUGAUCAUUCGAGAACGAAACAGCACCAGGAACCCACCUUACACAUAUCUCGAUCCGAUUUACAUUCCAAACUCGAUCAGCAUUUAGAACAUGAACUAAAUCGAUAAACCAAUAAACCAAUAAAUAAUUUCAUCACCAUCGAAAAAAAGUAACAAAUAAAUAAAUAAAAAAAUAAAACUAGAACAAACAAACAAAAGAGUUCAAGAUAAACAAAUAAAAAAGUGAAAAAAGAAAUAUUUACAUAAUUUACUAUUGCACCUUUCCUUAAUUUCUUUAACAUAACCGUAAGAAAAAAUACGAAACAAACAAAAUCGCUAAUGAGAUCAGAAUAAUAACGAAACAUGACUGAAGUUGUCUCCCAUACUUGCUGAACGAAAAAGAUGGAAAAAAAAAUUAAAAAGACAUUGAUCAAUGCUGUAUUUUACUCUCCUUUUCUGUCCUGCAUAAUUAUUUCUAGUUGGCUUCUCUAAAUGCGCCCUGCAUUAAAUAUGUUAAUACUGACAUAACCAUAGUAAAACAAAAACAAAAAUAAAAAAAAAGACAGGAAUUGGCAAACUUGCAAACUCUUGAAGAAAACAUGAUUCUAAGAUGCAACUUCAUCUCUUCACUCAACCUUGAUCCUCCCCCGGGAAGGGGUACAACUGUUAAAGCUUUCUAUUUUUUGUUCUCUGAAAAUAUAUACGGUUGUUGUUGACUUGUAAAUGUAAAAAGCAAAAUGAAAAAAAAUAAUAAUAAUAACAAAAUAACCUCCCAAAAA